AUGGAGUCAAGUGAUGGUAAUCGAUUUGCUUCGUACGCUCUGGUAACAGAACAACUGAAAGACUUAAUCUCUCUGAACGAAGAUUUGCCUACAUGUACGGAACCGUUGAAACGAAGGAUAGAAGAACUUGAAUAUCAACUUAUGGAAGAACAGUCAUCACAUGGUGAAACAAGACGUCAGCUUGAUGACCAGACACAUAAACUGAACUUUGCUCUCGGGGAAAUUGACAUUUUAACAAGACGGCUAGAAGCAACUCACACAACAUUUAAGAGCAGGUUUAGUGAAGCAGAGGUAAGAGUAGCGAGUCAAUUAUUGGAGAAAAAGCAACUAACAGAAGAAUGUGAAGAACUGCAAGGAAAAUGCAGACAGCAAGAGAUUGUGCUGUCUAAGAAGGACGAUGAGAUACAAGAAUUAAAGCAGAGAUUGAUGAGACAGAAACAGUCACACAAACGACAUACUGAGGAACUGCAAGUGCAAAUGCAACAAGAGGCAUACAUGGGUCAGUUGAUGGACAAGGAUCAUCCAUCAAGCAAAUCAGCAAGGAAUAGGCACAAUGAGGCAAGGUGACUGUAUGUAAGCAACUAUAUACUGUUCUAUAUGAGCUAAGCAAGUUGCUUGGUUACUACAUUGUGAUAGUAGGUAUAUAGUCAGGAAUAUGGUGAACACAAUGAGACAUCAGUACAGAAAUGUUAUAUAUAAUGUGAUGCGGUAUUGUCUUGUCUUUGAGGUAGCCUAUUAGAGUUCAUUAAUAAAG